AUGGCACGUWAACCCGAAAUGCAAGGACAGUUKCUGCCUCACUUUGCAUUGGCGCUGUUUUUGGUAUUCCUUCCUGGAAAAGUUGUUGGAAAUCUGGAAAAAGUUUCAGCGAUCAAAGCGAGMACCGMACCAAUAUGCAUCGGAGCCAAGGGYGACGCAUUCGGAAAAAUCAUCAUCACCAAGGACGGGCUUAUCAAAUCAUUUAAGCUUGUCCACAUCUCUGGGAGCUUAAAAUCUGCGAGCAAUCAUUUUSCUGGAAAUUGGGGAUCUGGAAGUUAUUCUCGGAAUUUCCCGCCGAAAAUAGCAAUUCACAUUACUGACGACGAUAAUUUCAGAAUUACUCCACCAGAAAACUAUACAUUGGAUAGGCCAGAUACACGCAUGGGCUAUGAUCUUACUGGAUAUAGUUAUAACAGUGAWGUGUURGUUUUACCUAAUAUUUCUCCUACUAUGAUGGUMAUGGUGGGAGACGAGUUUAGGAUUUGGUACGGAGAAGAUUUGAAGAAUGUAUGGGAAGCUGACAAUUCAGGACAGACAUGCGCAGAAGUGUACGUCUUGUACACCGAGUUCUUUUAAGAAUUGAAAGAAGAGGGCGUUUACGCAUGCGCGAACAUGCUGAUUGGUUGAUUGAUACCAAUUAUCAUAUAGAUGAUUUCUAACGCGCGCUCUGAUUGGCCCAUAAA